UCUCACCUCAAUCCUUCACCAUUCCUCCCACCUUGAACCUCACCUUGCGCUCUUCCAUCCCACAUAUACUCAUCCUCCUCCUCUGUAUAGCCGUGCCCCUCCUCAUCCCGACAUACCCUCCAUCAAUCAUGCCUCGCUCCAAAUCCAAAUCACAACCACAAGACCCUCAACCACCCCCUCCCAUUUCCGCACCCUCCACAUUCACCGACUCCCUCCCCCUCCCCACAAUCAUAGUCUUCGACCUCGAUUACACCCUUUGGCCCUUCUGGGUCGACACCCACGUCUCCGCGCCCGUCAAACCCGCGACUCCCCCUCCCGCCCACAACACCCGCAUGCUCGACCGCUGGGGCGAGUCCUUCGGCUUCUACUCAGAUAUUCCAGGCAUUCUCGCCUCCGGCCACGAACGGGGCAUCACAAUGUCCCUCGCUAGCCGGACCCACGCGCCAGAUCUUGCAAGGGACAUGCUCCGCGGCCUGACCGUACCCUCAAACAGCGCUGCCACAGACUCCUCCAAGGCCAAACCUCUUCGCGCGAUAGACUUCUUCGUCCACGCGCAGAUAUAUCCCGGCACCAAGACCACGCAUUUCAAGCGGAUACAAGCGGCCACCGAAAAGGCAGGCAGCGAAGUCCCGUUCGAAGACAUGCUGUUCUUCGACGACGAAGGGCGCAACCGCAACGUCGAGACCGAGUUGGGCGUUACAUUCUGGCUGGUCCCCCACGGUGUGACCAAGGACGAGGUUGACAACGGUGUCUGGGAGUGGAGGAAACGGAGAGGGAUAACCAGGAAAGAUUUGCCUGCAAAAGAAAGCCAUGCUGCCGAGUUAGAAGGUUGAAUGGCCGCAGAAGACUUAUAAACCGGAUUUACUAUAAAGAGGGGGUUUCGCUUUUAACUUGCUUUUUGGAGCAAGAAAAUAGACAAGAUGCGUGGAUUUGACGAAUUC